AUGGACGCCUCGACACGGCUGUAUAAACGACUGGGAGAGAUACCUGAAGAUCCCAAUCACCCGGAUAGUUUGGAUGACCUUAUUGUCUGCGCAUUCGGUGCAUUCGAGCGAUAUUAUCUUUGUUGGAAAACAAAAGGGGGAGAGUACAAACAAGACGGCUAUGGACUUCCACCUGCAUUGAAAGACUGGCUAUACCCGAAUGACGGUACAACACGCGAUUUCGGCUCUCUCCAGGUGGUUUUUGGUCGCGGGGAAGAGUACUUUGCGUCGGAUAAGAAUGGAAAGCUAGAGUAUAAAGAGCCGGAAGUUAGGAAACCAGCGCCAGCAGACGAUGAAGAAAAGCACGAAAAACAAGCACUGAGGAGGUCGAGGACGGUCUCGUUUUUGCGGCCGUUGUCAGAAACAAGUGUGCGAUCCGACAGUGUUAUGAGCGAGACGAGGCAGAGUAAGAGAUCGAGUUCGAUAAGUUCACAGCGAGCGAGCCGGCCACCUAGUCUAAGCUAUACAAAUUCAAGGACAAACUCCGACAUAUCAUUACUAGGAGAUACAAUCGUAGAAGGGCAGGCCAGCCAGUCAGUGCGCCCUUCUUACCUUUCGCAAUGGAGUGCCAUGGCUCCCAACGUCAAAGAAGAGGAACACGAGUUAUCACCAAAGAACCAAGCAGGUCGGCAGUUUGAGUCGAAUCUCGAGAAAGAGCAGGAAUACAUACAAACAGAGUCUCUCGCCACACCUACAAUGCCACCUCAACCGCAAACCACACCGACCACAAACACCAGACCAGAACCGACUCCCACCCAACCACCACGCACCACCAUACCCUCACCCUCACACUGCACAUGCGGCUGCCACCCCUCACCCCCCAAACCCGCCUACACAAACGCAACAACCCAAACCACCCCCCUACCCUCCCCACGCUGCAACCCCAGUCUCAGCAUCGAUCCCACACCCUCUUACUGGCAAACGCAACCCGCCUACCAACCACCCAUCUCCCACGACGAAUACUACUACGAAGAAGACGAUUACGCCGCACCUCCCGUCCUCAUGGGCCGCAUGUCAUCGUACUUUAGCAAGCCGGGGUAUCAACUUGGUGAUAGUUUGUUUAGUGGGUAUCACCCAAUUAAUUGGGGGGCGCCUGUUACCAUGGCGACGACGGAGACAGAGACGUAUGUGUAUCAGGAUAGUUUUGGGGAUGAGGCUUUGAGGUAG